ACAGUCUCACUGAUCCUGAGAGAGACGAACACCGAGCUCGGAAUCAUUCGGAGACAGUUUGGAGAUCUGAUCCGCCACCUGAGGAGCGGAGUACGAUGUCGGGCUCGUUUUGUCGAAGUUUGUACCCUUUCCCCGGGGAUCAGCACCAGCAGGGACUGAGGUUCGAGGCUGGAGAGCUGAUCCGAGUCACACAAGCUCUGGACGGAGGCUGGUGGGAGGGAGAGAAGGACGGGGUCAAGGGAUGGUUCCCUUCAAAUUACGUGCAGCUGGAGGUGAGACCUUCAUCAUCAUCUUCAUCAUCAUCAUCAUCAUCAUCAUCUCAGGUGUGUAAGCUGUCCCCGAUGUCUCCUCUGGACGAUCCACUGCCCAGAGACUGGAAGUGCUACAUGUCACCGCAGGGACGCAGAUACUACGUCAACACCGUCAGCAACGAGACAACAUGGGAGCGUCCGUCCAGCUCGCCUGGCUCCCCACAAACACCCGUGAAACACAAGAGCCCGGUCCUGACAGUGAAUGGAUUUCAUGAUAAUGGCAGUCCGUUGCAUCAGACUGAGCCAUCACAUGUAGUUCUGCGGAAGACCAGCACAGAUACACAGAGUGCUGUCUCGACGUCACCCAGCAGGACGCAGGAGUGUGAAUCAACAGUGACUAUCAACAGUGUGACGUUUCCUCUUCCACUGCACAUGUCUGAACAGCAGCUGCUCAAACCAGACGAGUGGAGCUACUGCGAUUAUUUCUGGGAGGACAGAAAGGACCCGCAGGGAAACACCAGCAUCUCAGGGUUUGAGGUUCUGCUGCAAAAACAGCUGAAGGGAAGGCAGAUGCAGAAAGAGAUGGCUGAGUUUGUGCGGGAGAGGAUCAAGAUCGAGGAGGAAUACGCCAAGAACCUGUCCAAGCUCUCGCAGAUCCCGCUGGCGGCGCAGGAGGAAGGCACGCUUGGCUCAGCUUGGGCUCAGCUGAAGAAGAGUCUGGCAGAUGAAGCAGAAGUUCAUCUCAAGUUCUCGUCCAAGCUUCAGAGUGAGGUGGAAAAGCCUCUGCUGACAUUUCGGGAAAACGUCAAGAAGGACAUGAAGAAGUUGGACCAUCACAUGGUGGAUCUCAGGAAGCAGCUGGCGAUCCGAUCCGCCGCCGUAGAGAAGGCACGGAAAGCCCUCGCCGAUCGGCAGAAGGAUCUGGGGUUAAAAAGCCAGCAGCUGGAGAUCAAACCGAGCAGUAAGAUGGAGGAGGACAUCAAGAAGGCUCGCAGGAAAUCCACCCAGGCCGGCGAUGACCUGAUGCGAUGUGUUGACCUCUACAAUCAGUCCCAGUUCAAGUGGUUUGAGGAGAUGGUGACCAGCAGUCUGGAGCUGGAGCGUCUGGAGGUGGAGCGUGUGGAGAUGAUCACACAGCACUUGUGUCAGUACACCACCCUUCGACACGAGACAGACAUGUUCAACCAGAGCACCAUCGAGCCGGUGGACAGACUGCUGCGGAGCGUGGACCCGGCCAGAGACAGAGAGCUGUGGGUCAGAGAACACAAGACGGGCGAGAGGAGACCCGUGGAUGUCAACAUCUGACUCCAGACUCGCCUCGCUCUCCUGAAGCGGUCUCU